AUGGCCGCCGAACGUAUUGCCUCGAUUGCCAAGCAGCUGAUUCCCGGCACGAGUCUGUCGCAAAUCACAUCCAAGAAUGCCGACGAUAUCGUGAUUACCCUGGCCGUUCGCACACCGCUGUGCAAGGGCAAGAAGGGCGGCUUCAAGGAUACCUCGCUCGAGUUCAUGACAUAUGCUCUGUUGAAGGAGGUCAGAGAGCGCAUGGGUUUCGACCCUGCUCUCGUUGAGGACAUUUGCUUCGGUAAUGUCUCCGACGGCAAGGCCGCCUACAAGGUCCGCGCUGCUUCCCUCUCGGCCGGAUUCCCGAACACCUCCGGUGCCUCUUCGGUCAACCGCUUCUGCAGCUCCGGCCUCAAGGCCACGGCCGACAUUGCCCACGCCAUCUCGGCUGGCUCGAUCGAGGUCGGUGUCGCCAUUGGCGCCGAGUCCAUGACCGCAGGUGGCGACCGUCUCGAGCAGCCCUUUGACGAGGGCAUCCUCACAAGCCAGGAGGCCAAGGACACCAUGAUGGCCAUGGGCUGGACGAGCGAGAACGUUGCCAGCGACUUUGGCAUCACCAGGGAGCAGGUUGACACUUACGCCGCCGAGAGCUUCCGCAGGGCCGAGGCCGCGCAAAACGCCGGCUGGUUCGACGAUGAGAUUGUCCCCAUUACCACCCAGGUCAAGGGCGCUGACGGCGAGGUCAAGACCGUGACCCUGACCAAGGACGAGGGCAUCCGACCCGGCACCACUGCCGAGGGCCUGGGCAAGAUCCGCGCCGCCUUCCCUCAAUGGGGACCCAUCACCACUGGUGGAAACGCCAGCCAGGUCACCGACGGCGCCGCUGCCGUCGUGCUCAUGAAGCGCUCCACCGCCAUCAAGCUCGGCCUCCCCGUGGUCGCCAAGUACGUUGGCUCGACCAUUGCCGGUCUCCCUCCCCGCAUCAUGGGUAUCGGCCCGGCCAUUGCCAUCCCCAAGCUGCUGAAGCAGCACAACCUCAGCCUGGCUGAUGUUGACGUGGUUGAGCUCAACGAGGCUUUCGGUACCAUGGCCGUCUACUGCAGGGAUAAGCUUGGCCUCGACUGGGCCAAGAUGAACCCCCGUGGUGGUGCCAUUGCCCUCGGCCACCCGCUAGGCACCACUGGUGCGAGACAGAUUGUUACUGGCCUGAGCGAGUGCAGGAGGCAAAAGAAGAAGAUUCUCUUGACGAGCAUGUGUAUCGGAACUGGCAUGGGCAUGGCUGGUCUGUUUGUAAACGAGCAAUGA